UUGUUGCCUUGACUUGUUCUGCGCUAAGCAAAACCCCCUAGAUCUAUUCGUUGUUUGUCAGGGAUCGAUUGUCCCAGAUAUUACAUUUCGCGACAGCCUACAACACCGCCCGGACUCGACCACAGCCGCCCCUCUCUCUUUCUGCCUAUUUAUCUCCCCAGCCUGACUCCACCACUUUCUACCGAUUUCUAGUCCCGGGCGUCGAGGACCAUACGGGCUUGGGCAGUGAAUACCCUGGUUAUAACUAUACAUUUCAGGAAUUGGAACCGGAGCGACACCACAACGUAAUCCUUAAAAUCGCUUUAUCAAGAUGUGGUCAUGGUUUGGCGGCUCGGCAGCCCAGAAGCGGAAGGAUGCGCCUAAGGAUGCGAUCCUCAAGCUGCGGGAGCAGCUUGAUAUGCUGCAGAAGCGCGAGAAGCACCUAGAGAAUCUGAUGGAGGAGCAAGAUGCCGUGGCGAGGAAGAACGUGACGACAAAUAAGAACGCGGCCAAGUCUGCCUUGCGACGUAAAAAGGUGCACGAGAAGAACCUCGAACAGACGACGGCACAGAUCAUCCAGCUAGAACAACAGAUAUAUUCGAUCGAGGCGGCGAAUAUCAACCAGGAGACUUUGAACGCGAUGAAGCAGGCUGGCGCGGCCAUGACGCAAAUCCAUGGUAACUUGACUAUUGAUAAGGUUGAUGAGACGAUGGAUCAACUCCGCGAACAACACCAACUCAGCGAGGAAAUUGCGCAGGCUAUUACAAACACCCAGAUUGGCGAGCAGGCGGACGAGACCGAGCUGGAUGCCGAGCUCGAAGGUCUGGAACAGGAGGCGAUGGACGAGCGGAUGCUUCACACAGGGACAGUACCGGUUGCAGAUCAACUCAAUCGGUUACCGGCCGCGGCGAACGGAGAACCCAAAGGCAAAGCGAAGGUACAAGAGGAAGAAGACGAGGAAGCAGAACUGGAGAAGCUGCGCGCAGAGAUGGCCAUGGGAUAAACCACUUCCUUUAUUUUACUCUUUCUUUCCCGGGUUGUCUUCUUUUCUCACUUUGCUAGCCCAUUCUAUUCGAUACAAUCAUUAAGCGUCGGUUAAUUGAAUUACGAAGUUCAUCAUGAUUAAUACUUGAAUGACCCAAGAUACAUACAUAUUAUAAAAUCUCUAGUCGAAUAGCGUAAUGUACUAUCAAGAGAGAAAAUAAAUAUAAGUUGCAGACCA